ACUCCUCACUCUGUCUGCAGUGAGAGCUGUGGUCCUGGAUUCAGGAAAUCUCCUCAGGAGGGAAAAGCUGCUUGUUGCUUUGAUUGUACACCUUGCCCAGAAAAUGAGAUUGCUAAUGGGACAGAUAGAGAGAAAUGUCUGCAGUGUUCAGAUCAUCAGUAUGCCAACACACAGAGGACUCAGUGUUUGUUGAGAGCUGAUAGUUUCCUGGGUUUUGGAGAUCCCUUGGGCAUGGCUCUGGUUGUCCUGGGUCUAUGCUUCUGUAAGAUCACUGCAAUUAUUCUUGGAAUAUUUUGGAAACACCAUGACACUGCCAUUGUGAAGGCCAAUAACAGGGCUCUCAGCUACAUCUUGCUCAUCUCCCUCAUCUUCUGUUUCCUCUGUUCCUUGCUCUUUCUUGGCCGUCCCAACACAGUCACCUGCAUCCUGCAGCAGAUCACAUUUGUGAUUGUGUUCACUGUGGCUGUUUCCACAGUGUUGGCCAAAACUGUGACUGUGAUUCUGGCUUUCAAGGCCACUUCCCCAGGAAGAGGGAUGAGGUGGCUGCUGGUAUCAGGGGCUCCUAACUUCAUCAUCCCUAUUUGUACUUUGAUCCAACUGACACUUUGUGGAUUCUGGCUGGGAACCUCUCCUCCCUUUGUGGACACAGAUGCACACUCUGAACCUGGCCACAUCAUCAUCCUGUGCAACAAGGGCUCCCUCACUGCCUUCUACUGUGUCCUGGGAUACCUGGGUUCUCUGGCUCUGGCCAGCUUCACUAUGGCUUUUCUGGCCAGGAACCUGCCUGACACCUUCAAUGAAGCCAAGUUCCUGACCUUCAGCAUGUUGGUGUUCUGCAGUGUGUGGCUCACUUUCCUUCCUGUCUAUCACAGUGCCAAGGGGAAGGUCAUGGUGGCUGUGGAAGUCUUCUCCAUCUUUGCCUCUAGUGCGGGACUCUUAGGCUGCAUUUUUGUCCCAAAGUGUUAUACCAUCUUGUUAAUGCCAAAAAGAAAUUCUCUGCAUGGCUUCAGUGAUAAAAGACAUAAUAUUAGAAAUAAGCAUUCUUAA